ACCCCUUUUUCACAACAUAGCAAAAUGGCUGCCUCCAGUGCAAUGAAAAAUACUGUUGUUAGACUUCGGCGGAAUGUAACUGCAUAAUCUUCUUUUGCCAUUUAGAUGGAGGCAUUUCUGAGAAGGUCUGCGGGUCUGUGUUCAAUAUGUCUUCAAACUGUGUAACAGAUACAACGCAAUGGCUAUCAGUGAACGAAGAAUCGUUGUUUUUACAUGACGGUUUAUUACGGGUAAGCGAUCUUGUUAACUUGCCAAAACAUAUCAACAACGCAAGCCCGCAAAACAGCUCUGACGAAGUCGUUUCCUUCGACACGAAAAAUCCAACUGAAUUGAGUCACAGGCUAGUUUCUGUUUGUGAGAGACACAACAAUAUAUAUGCUUACUCAAGACUUCUUGAAUACCGGUUAAAUGCACUGAAAGGGUUAUGGAAUGCCCAUCGCCAAAUAUCUAAUAAUGUGGAGCAGCUGGAAAGAGAGACAUUCAGUGAAGAGGAAGUGGCCAGCGCCGCCGGCCUUGGCGGCCUGAGCUUGCUGAAGAAAGUCACUUGGCACGGUGCUGAACCAGCAGCCUUUUCAAGCAGACUUGGAUUACUCCUCCUGUUUCCACUUCUUCGGUCACAGCAGAGAAUAAAUCCAGAGCUAAGCAGUGAAACUGCUGUUCUGCUUCUUAAUUGCCUUCGAGAUUGUCUUCCACUGAGCCUUGCUAAAGAACCUGCGGACUGUUUAGAUGGACUGGAAAAUCUUUUGAGUUCCUGGCUUGGUGAAAGUGAUGAGAUUGAUGUAAUAGCUAAUGUGGAACCACAUGAAGAGCAACAUGUUCAACAACUACCACGCCAGCUACUUGCCUCUGCAUUGGUUGCAUUUGCCUGCGCAAGGGGCUCUACAGGAACGUUCAUUCACACCACCCACCUCUUACAACAGCUUGCCCCAUCCAUAGGCCCACUGCCCAUAGCUGACAUCCUCCAGAGACUCCUGAGGCUUGAAGGGGGGCCAGGCUCCCCCUCUUACCUCCAUGGUAGCCGGCACGUCGUGUGUUGGGGAUUUGAGGAUAUGCUGGGUGAGAAAGAGGAGAAAACAGAGGACAAAGAGAAAGAAAAAGAAUCCAGUAUCGGUAGAAGCUUGGCCUGUGACGGUGUCUUUCUGUACUGUACGAACGCAAGGGGGAAAGGUCUUGCUAAGAUUGGAUCUGGAUUACAUGGAACGCUAAGAGGCUUUGUCUACACUCGUAACCCUGACCUUCCAGUAGGCUGGAUUGCGUGUACGGACAAGAUACUGCUGCACCGCCCUCUGGAGGCAGACUCUAAGACAGAAUCCCUAGGGUCGGUCAUCAACAGAGACACUCUCAAGGUGGAAGGUAAUGUGAAGAUGCCUGAGUCUCUGGUAAAUGCAUCUCAAGUCACCGUCUCGCUUUGCAGUGACGGCACCUACUUCUAUCGGGUCUGGUGCCCUCCUGGUCCCGACAAGAGUGGCAAAGGUCAACCUGUCACGGCUGAUCUUCUGAACAUGAAGGAGCAAGAUGGUGUGGUUGUUGCUGAACCACUUAGACCAUCGGUAGUACUAGUAAGGAACGAGGACGUAGUGAGGGGUGUGACGGACCCUCUGCUCAUAAGACUGAGAACAUUUCGGCCGGGUAACGCUGCUGCCCUAGCCCAACUCACCAACUCCAACGGCAAUGCAGGCGGCAGGGAAGAGAUCUCUACUACCAGCUGUGGCCUGACCCUGAAACUCCUGCGCAGGUCACCUAUCUACUGCUGCGGCAGUAGCGUGGUGAUUGUGACGUCGCCCCCUGGAGGUGGUAGCAGCUCAGCUACUCGGUCUCUCUUCAGUACUACCGCAGGCCUUAGUGGGCUCAGAACAUUGGCGACAAGCAUCUGUUUCAAUCUUUCAAACGGUCUCCUGACCAGCAAGCUAGAGCUGAUGGACGCCCCUGCAUGUGCUAUUGCAAGGGGUUCAAAUGUACAAGGUCUAGGUAUCUGCUAUGACGAGCUGAACAACGCAAUCUGGACUUGUUCUCCAGACUGGGUGGAUCAGUGGCAGAAUCCCGGGCUUAGAGCCACUCACCAUGUCUGUAAACAGCUUGGAGUACCGCAACCUCCACUCACAGACAGAGCACCACAAGAUAACAUGCUGGAGGUGUCAGAGGUGGUGGGUCUGCUCUUACACCACGUGGGUAGCUCCAGCUGUCACAACGUACACAGCGAGAUGUACCAGAGCCCCGCCCUGGGGAGGCUCCUGGCCGCCCCGACCCCGCCCCCAAUCACCCAUCUCAGGAGACUGUGUGCUAUACUGGAGAAGGCUGUGGAAGAAAGGAACCUGCCUAUCAUCCAGUGCAUGCUGGUUGUUCUUCAGGUAUUUCCUCAGGUUGUCUUCAAGUCACAUGCAUUCAAUCCAGAACACUUGGAUGAGAGAAACAUCUUGGAAAGGACCAGGAAACUGGUCUGGGGUCUUCUGACAUCCACAGAUGAGAAGUUCAGGGCUGAGAGACUGAUAACCGAAGCCUGUAAUGUCAUCAAGACUGGCCUUUCGGUGCUCUUCAAUGGUGCCGAUCAGAUGAACGGUCUCCUUCGUCAGCUGCUGAGUGAGGGAGACUCUCGGGCCUCCUUGGGUAAGCUUCGGGACAUGAUCCUGAUGGAGCUAGCUCGUCAACUGAGGCAGACUCCCUGCAAGGAGACCUCCAUUCACAAGUUCGAUGAAGGGUUGGUCCAGUUGAUCAUGAAUAUAUCAGAGAGGGAAUCACGUCAACUUCUCACUCAGUGCCUCACCAGGAAUAAACCAGCUGAAUCUAUCACAUCUAAUGUACCACUUGCCAGCCCUUGUCAGCAGUUCCUAACAUCACUGGAGAUACACACCUUGCAAGGCAUUAUCAUGAGUGAUGAGAAUGAGGAGGAUGGGACCACCACCACCGGUGGUACUCCUCAAGGGGCUACCUCUCUCAAGCCCUGUUCAAAGGAUGUAGAAAACACAGUCCUCAAGCUGGCUACUAAGAUUUUCAACGGAUGUGAACAGAUUCUUGAGACUCUACUGAGCAUCUGCAAUGACCUGAUGAACUCUGGUCAGGCCAGUCAGAUGCAGGUCCUGGACCGUGUAGUGAAGGGAACCAUCCUGGGCUAUCUCCUACCGGGUCUAGUCACAGCCCUACGUCAUCCUAACCUGCGCAGUCUGGCCCUAGCUGAAGCCCUGGUCCCGCAAGUUGUAAGACUUGUGGUCCUCAUCAGUCAGGUUGCCAUGGCAAUAGGAAACACUUCUUAUCAGGAGAAGAAGAUGGAUAAGAACAGCUCUCAGCCUCACGAUGUUGUCACAGACCUUCUCGCCAGUCACAUCAAAGACAAGAGUGAGAAGAAUUGUGAGAACUACCUGACCAAGCUGCGAAUCCCAGCCCCGUGGGCUGCCGGUAAGACGGUGGAGACCAUUCACCCUGUUAGGGAUAACUACAAGUUCAGAGAGACUGUACACAUCCCUGGUGCAAGAUGUCUGUAUCUGAGGUUUGAGCCUCGCUGUGCAUCGCAGUAUGACUAUGACAAGGUCGUGAUCUAUGCUGGACCCAACACCAAUUCCAGGAAAGUGGUGGAGUAUGGAGGCAACACUUAUGGGUACGGAAGCAGGAGUGUGCUUGGGUCAGGCUGGCCCAAAGACUUGGUCAAGGUUGAAGGGGAUACAGUGACAUUUAACUUUGAGAUGAGAAGUGGUCGUGAGCACAACACACCAGACAAGGCCCUGUGGGGGUUCAGUUGCACCGUCAGAGCUCAGGAAUCAUCUGAGGACUGCACCAGUGGACUUCCCUUUGUAGCUGACUUGGCACUAGGCCUGACAGUUCUAGGUUCAAGCCUCCUCAAGGUUCUCUACGAAGGACCAGAGGUCACAGGUUCGGAGGAGCGCUGUCACGCCCUUCUGUCUUCCAAGCUGAUUCAGAGGUGUGCUUGGCAUGAGAUGGUACAGCAACCUACAACAGGUCCAUCCUCUGGAAGUAAAGAGAAGGUACCGGACACCAGUCUACCCAGGCUCAAGCUUUCUAAGGACAAGCUGCAGAGACUGAGGGCAAUGUCUGGCAGGGCUGCUCCCUUCCUCAGGCCUAGUAUCAAAGAUGCCAUCAACCCUGUUGUCCUUGAAGAGACCUUGGUGUCUGCAGCCAUCAGACUACUUGACCUUGAACCCAUGCUGAACUCGUUGAGCGGUACCGAGGGAGGUCUUACCGCAAGCAGCCCCGGCCAGAGUAGCUUUGUCAAGAUGGUGGCAGAGGUCUUCAACAGAGUGAAUACCCUGGAAAGACAACUUAUGUUCAUUGGUGAGCUAGAGCAACGUUGGGAGAGAGAACUUGAUGACCUGAAGACUGAAACGGAAGCUUCUCAACCAUUCUUCAAUGAUUACCAUCUUCAAGAGGACAAAAAGAAGGAUAUUGAGACACUCUGCUUCAUCAAGGGUAUUGACUGUGAAACUACCAGUGGAGAAGAGGCUGUCAAAUUACUAAGGAACAAAAUGAAAGAAGAGAGCAAGUCAGAGCAGGAUGCCUCGUUGAAGAUGACCAAGACAAAGGCACUGGUGGCGGCCAUCUUGGAUAGAGCCAACGCACUCUUGGAGGUUGCCAUAGCAACGGAAAAUGGGUCAUCUAGCAUCGGUCGGAGCGUAUCUCAAGGCGGUGACGAGCUGGGUACCUUACCUUGGAAUGGAGGCAAUGGAGGUCAAACUUCUACCAGUACUAGUCAAUUCUCCAGAAGUCUGUCCAUGCCAGCCGAUCUCACAAAAGCUAGACCAACGGCUUCUGAUAAAUCGACCACCAGACCUUACCAGAUGCGGCGAUCCAGGAGCAGCGCAUACAGCGGCGCUCCAGAACGCAACCAGAACCUCACCAACUUACUAGAUGAAAUAUUCGCCUUCAUAGGAACCAAACUUACUCAAGCUGUAUCGAAGGAUGAGUUUCUGUCAGCGGUCAAGGCAAGACGUCAGCGCGGAUGGUCAAGACAGCAAGCCUUGGUCCAUGCCCAUCAGCUGAUGACCACUGCUGGUCACUCGGAGGGCUAUGCUCAUCUAGUGACCGCUAUAACAUCUGUCCUGCAACAAGGGCCUAGGAUAGAGGACUUGAAGUGCGGAGGUUUCGUUGAGACCGUCAGACAAGCCUUUGCGGAUGCGAUGACAGCCAUCGUCCAGCAAGCAACACAUCAUCCUACAGACUGUGCCUACAGUAUAGGGCUGCUCUGUACCAUCCCAUACACAAGGAGUGAAGAGAAAUGCCUUGUGGACAGUCAGUUGGUCAGCUUACUGGACAGACUAUGUAGUCUUGGUCAUUCGUCAGGUCAACCAUCAAGGCCAGAAUCUCAGUCCAGCGGUCAGAGGGUCUCCGCUCUGGCUUGGGCAGGCUUUCAGGUGCUUGCCAAUCGCUGUGUAUCAUGGGAAACUGACGAGGUAUCCCAGGAUGCUUUAGGCUACGCUGGUCUUGCUCGUCAGGUGUCGUUGCUCUUGACCAAUCACCUUGCUCGAGCGACGGAGAGCUGCGGCAACGAGGCUGCAGGGAGCGAGGCUCUGCAGGAGGUUCUAAGUCUGCUCAAUAAUCUUUCAAGGAGUCGUAUGGGUCGUGCUAUCCUGAGCCAGCCAGCCUGCGUCUCAAAGCUCCUCUCCCUCCUCCUUGAUCAGCGCCCCUCCCCCAAACUGGUCCUCAUCAUCCUCCAGCUGUGUCGCGUAGCCCUCCCCCUGAUGAGUGCCCAGGACUGCGCCCAUGUCCAGCUCCCAGCGUGGGGGGCGGAGCUGGCCUCGGCUACCGGUGGCGAAGGGGGCGUCAUUACCAGCGACCCCCCAGCUCGUAUCGCCAGUCUACUACUAGCCAAGCUCGGGGAUUGUGUAGUCCCAGGAUGUCAGACCAUCCUAGCCCCAGAGCAGCUUGGCCACCUGUCAUCAGUGAGCUAUAUACCUGAUAGAGAGGACGAUCUGGAGGACCAAGAUGGCCGCCUAUCUGUCUUCCUUCACAAGAGGGAAGACCAGUCAUCUAGGGAAGUCAUUCAGGCUCUUCUGAGUUCUGAGGGUCGUCCAUUCAGGCUGGGAAGUGGAGCUAACAUGGAAAAGGUGCUGCGCAUGGAUCGUAACAUGCAUACAAAUGGCAAGGCUGAGCUGUUUACCGAGGACGCGGCUACCGCUAUCCAGAAAGCAGGCAAGCUGGCUCAAGCUGGCUUCUUGGUGAGCGUGGGAGCUCCGACAGAGACCACCGAUAAUGAGAAUAAUAACAAGGAAAAGCUGAAGGUCACUGCUGAAGCUGUCUGCAGGGAAAAGAAUGCUGAACUUGCAAGAACUGACCCUGUGCGACCUUUCAUCAGCGGCCAUGUUGCCCACAGUAUGGCGUCCGAGGUCAUAGCUCUCAUGCACAGCCUGCUCACAGCACCAGAAUGUAACACGGCUCAAAUCUGGGCCUCUGCUGUGGAGAGGGUGUUAUCACAUGCCUUGAGUCAAGUGCCUGUGCUUGUAUCACAGCAAGCAAGCCACAUGGCCCUCCUAGCCUCUCAGCCGCAAGGUCCAGGCAUCGAUCAGCUCCUCUCCACCUGCCGUCAAGUGGUGGCAGCAUUCUGCGCGCUGGGUGGAUUCCAGGACUGUGUCAAGAUGGGAUCGACAGCUCAGGUUAGUCAUGUGGGAGAAGUGGGGUGGGGGUGUCUUGGAAGGAAUUGUGCUUUAUACAUGUAGAUUACCGAAGUUGUG